CCGGAUCAUUUGCACAGUGUGUGUGAGAAAAAUACACAAAAUUUUAUAUCCAUCUACUAUUGUAUAUAUAACAUAUUGAUAUUUUGUAUACUUAAAGUUUAAUAUAAUACCGCAGUUAAAUACUGUAUAAACUUUAAUAAAAACAGGACAAACUUUUAGCGUUGAAUAAUAAUAAUAAUCUUACUGUUUGUGUGUGCCUUACUAUACUGUACUUAAGUGUUAUAAACAUAAAAUCUAUUAAAUUAUUUAUAUAUGACUAACAUUUUAUUAUCUCGUUUGUGUGUGUCAUACAAACUAUCCCUAUAAUAUACCGGACUGUUUGUCAUAUCUAAUCUAAUAUAUUUGUUAAAAGUUAUUAAUAUAAUGAUUAUUUAAACAAUUGGUUUGUCCCUCUAUUUUUUUUUUUGCUAGACAACAUUGAUAUUUUACAUAUUUUAUAAUUAGUUACAAAAUAGUCGUUGAAAGCAAAACAUUGUCUAUCAAUAGUAAAUUUGAGUACAAAAAUAUUUUUAAUUAAAAAAAUUAUAUUUUUCUGGUCAUUAUUUGCAUAUCAUUAUUAUCAUCGAUAUUAUGAAUAAAAUGUUGUCCUCUAUUGUAUUUGCUUUUUCAUUAACUGUUGURUGCAUUUCGGCACAAAAUAUUGAUAUGUUUGGAAGUAACGGAUUUACGGCACCACCAGAAUGGACGACAUUAUAUCCUAUGACUAAUGAGACGGACACUGUCAACACAGUCAACACCACUACCAUUAUCAGCGCCAUUACCAACAGCACCACAACCAACAUUAGUAAUGCCACUUCCGUGACCACAUCGGCCAACAAUAGCACUACCGACACUAUCAUCCCGACGGAAAGUCCGGCCUCYAAUGAGACGACUACCAAACAAAAUUCGGCCCCAACUGUCCAUAUAUGCUCUCAAAUGUUGAUCAACUUAUUUGCAUUUUUAAUGGUCGCAUUAAUGAUCGGAUUUUAAAUAUAWAUAUAUAU